CCCUGCUCCAUGUCAGAUUCUAACACAACUGAAUUCAACAACCCCUCCACAUUCAUCCUUCUGGACACUGCGCAUGUCUGGAUCUCGAUCCCCUUCUGCACCAUGUAUGUCAUAUCCAUUUUGGGGAACUUCACCAUCCUGUUCAUUGUGAAGAUGGAACUGAGCCUCCAUGGGCCCAUGUACUAUUUCCUCUGCAUGCUAGCCGUCAGUGACCUGGUCCUGUCCACGUCUACCCUGCCCAAAAUGUUAGCAAUCUUCUGGUUCAAUUCCAAGGAGAUCAAUUUCAGUGCCUGCCUCACCCAGAUGUACUUCAUUCACUGCUUUGUAGUGAUGGAGUCUGGGAUCUUUGUGGCCAUGGCUUUGGAUCGCUAUGUGGCCGUCUGCCAUCCCCUGAGACAUUCCACCAUCCUGACAAACCAUGUGGUGGCCAAGAUUGGCCUGGCCAUAGUGCUGCGUGGAAGCAUGCUCGUACUGCCCUAUCCCUUCUUGGCGAGGCAAUGGCCAUAUUGCAGAACCAACAUCAUCCCCCACUCGUACUGUGAGCACAUAGCCGUGGUAAAGCUGGCCUGCACUGACAUCCGCAUCAGUAGUUACUAUGGCCUCUUCGUGGCAUUUUUGAUGACCUGUCUAGAUGUAUUUUGUAUCACCAUGUCCUAUACCCAGAUCCUCAGGGCCAUCUUCAGCCUCCCCACCAAGGACACCCGGCUGAAGACUUUUGGGACCUGCAGCUCCCACCUCUGUGUCAUCUUAAUCUUUUACAUCCCAUCUCUCUUCUCCUUCCUAAUGCACCAGUUUGGGCACAAUUUGGCCCUGCAUUUCCACAUUAUCAUUGCCAAUCUGUACCUCCUCGUGCCCCCCAUGCUAAACCCCAUCAUCUAUGGGGUGAGCACCAAACAGAUCCGGGACAGGCUUCUCCAGCUCUUUACUCAUAAACGGACUUAA